ACCAAGAAUUUAUGCUUUCUGUAAACUGAAAUAUACAUAUGGAUGUUGCAGCUUAGACUACAACAUAUACUGAUAUGCUGUUAAUAUUACACUUGAGAUGUAGCUUUCCCUGUACCAAAACGUGUAUGUUGUACAAAAACACAAAGCCUCCUCUUACAAGUCAAGUUAUGCAAAUGGGAGACGUGUGCCUUCAAGGCUUUCUGCCAGAAAGUGUUAAAGUGGUAAAAUUUGGGAAAGGGUCUAUUUUAACCCAAACCAUGAUCUCUUCCUAAACCAAACCAAGUAGUUUUGUCACCUAGAGCUAACUAAGUAGUUCUGUUGCCUAAACUUAACCAAACUGCGACUGAAAACAGCUCAAGUUACAAGAAAUAUGGUAAAAAAUCUCCCCUUCUGCCCCAGAGUUAUAGUAUUGAAUAAUGGCAAGAAGUGGUUUUGCAGAACAUUAUCAUGUGAAACGGUUGACCAUUUGGAUAUAAACUGUCAUCACUUCAUUAUUUUUUCCUAUUAGACAUUUGUGUUAAACUGUGUCAUAAUUAGCAUAUGAAUUCUUAAGUUGUGGCCAAGAACAUCUAAGAGUAAGAAGUGCAGUCGCAAACCAUAGGUCUACAAUUCCAGUCAGGUUACCUGUCCAAAACAGAAUGAAACCUAAGAAAAUAUGUUUCAGUUUAUAGAUACAUUUAACCAUCAAUUACUCAUAGGUAGUAACAACAAAAUAGAUAUUGUUGAAAAUAAUAUCCAAAACAAAAAAGACUGAAAUGUUGAAAAAAUAUAACAUGAAAGUCAUUUACAAAUAGAGAGUGUUCAACCAUUAAAAUAAAUAAAAAUAAGGAAUUGAGCAAGGAGCCAAAAUGAAUUAUAUCAAUAUGUAUGGCUCUUCAAUAUGAAUCCUGACUGGACAGAUUUGAAAAAGGAGAAAUCAAUAUUUAUAGAUUUGGAGCUCAGACAAUCAUGCAAAAAUUCCCAAACAUUUUGGAUCGUGUGACCAGCAUGAAACAGGUGCUGUCAGUGCCAUGGACACCACCUGUCUCCAUGGCUCGGGGGGACCGUUCUGUUGUCACUACAUUUACGUGAGGCUGCCAUGGAGAAACUACAAUGGUGCGUCAAUUUAAAUGUUGCUGCCGCAAGGAAUUGUGGGACGGCAUUAUAUCCUUUAUUUUCGUAACGUAUGGUCCAGUGUUUUCCAUGGAGAUAAGAUGGGAAGCACUAAAACACUUGUCCUCAGAAAUUUAGAGAAUUCCACCAGCUCUUAUCAUGGCAGCUACUUAGAUACUUCCGGGUCAUUUCACAUUGCUAGCAACCUUCCUACGCAAAAAAGACUUAAUUAGACCAAAAUUAACAUUGUGCAAGAUUUGAAGAAAUUUCCUCUAUUCCCGAGAUAACGCAUUUCAGAGCAUGGGACAGACGGACAGCGCAAAUCAUCCGGCAAUACCGGCACUGAGGCAUAAAAAGCGACACCUAAUAUUAUCUAAUUUGUUCAUUGGGUUAAUAAUAUUAAAUAUUUUUAUUUAUACAAUAUUACACGAAGACCAGUUAGACUGUUUUAACUGCAAUUAAAACAAUGCAUGAAUAAAACGUUGUAAAAUGUUUACAGAUUUUCAUUCAAACAUUGAUGUCUUUAAGUGCAAACACUCAAUACUGUUUACACAUGGGGACAAACUUUACAGUAUUAAAAACUGGGGUUUACAAACUAUGUUUUCUGUAGGGGCACUGAAGACAACGCUUUCAAGACAACCUCGGGGUUUUCUCCCAGCAUGGGAAAACACCCCAAUCCUGGUGGUACACUGACAUUUCUUUUCUUUCUAAUGAGCGUGAACGCGGCACAGUUAAAUGAGAAAGAUGAGGAUCGGAGAGGGUGAAAAUAGGAUGAGAUAAGUCACCCCCUUCGCCGCCAUACUCUGUUAAUAAACUGGCCAAGUGUUCUUUAUUUUUAUCUCCAGCCAAAAUAUUUGAAAUGAGGAAACGAUGUUAUGUUGAACUGCUUGAAAUGAGCGAGCAACGAAUCAAAUUUAAAAAUGUGUAAUUGAGUAGUUGUAUAAUGAAAAUACCGUAUUGCUGGCUGAUAUAGGCUAGCUAUAAGUCAGCUAAAAUGGCCUAACUGUUGUUCACGAUGAUGUGCAGUAAUUAUCUAUAAUAGAAGAAAAUAAAAAGGUAGUUAAGUACAUCUCAGAGUGCUUAUUGUUGCACAGUCAGGUUUUCUUAAAAUAAAUGAUCGUGGCUCCCUGAACUUACCGCUGCAUUAUAAGUCUUCAUUCACCUAUAUAAUAAUAAUAAUAAUAAUAAUAAUAAUAAUAAUAAUAAUACAUUUUAUUUAAAGGCGCCUUUCUUGGCACUCAAGGACACCGUACACAGUUACACAAAUUGAGAUUAAAACACAUUAAGAAUUAAUUAAUUAAUUAACAACAAUAAAAAUUAAAUAUAAAAAUAAAAACAAAACAAAAGUGACAGAGCAAUUGGCAUCAGAUGGAAAAGGCAGUUUUAAACAGGUGUGUUUUGAGUUGUGAUUUGAAAUGGGGGAAUGAAUCGAUAUUUCUGAGUUGGGGUGGUAGUAGGUUCCAGAGACGGGGAGCAGAGCAGCUGAAUGCUCUACUCCCCAUGGUGGUGAGACGGGCGGAGGGGACAGACAGGUGUGUGGAGGAAGAUGAUCUGAGGGAGCGGGAGGGAGUGGGAACAUGAAGGAGGUCGGACAGAUAUGGGGGGGCGAGGUUGUGUGUAUUAUAAGCAAUAUUUGUCAAUGGGAAGUGUAUGUUUAAGGCAAUCUGCAUUCUGUGAUGCUGCUUGUGGUCCUCUCGUCAGGUUCUGUCAUGAAAACCUGAAUAGCUGUCAUCCACCCGUCUGCCCGGUUCAUCCGUCAGCCCAAACCUCAAAGGCCAAGCUUCAUUGGCAACAUCCACGGACGGUCUGACUUUUUAACACUUUAAAUGGGAUGCAAGAUCUGCUGUAGAGGAUAUCUUAUUUGUCUCCGGGAAACCACUGUCGGCCCUUUUUACCCUGAACUGGUGCAUCAAUGAACGAGGAACCACUUGACAGCCCAUUCCCUGGCAAAGAGCCUGUGGAGAAAGAUGUGGGACACUGCACGGAGAAGCAGAGCAGCAAAGAGGAAAACCCCUCUGAGGCAGCACCAACACAGGAGCCCAUGGCACCCUCAGACAGUCCUCAUACUAAGCAUAACCCCAGCUCAAAUCCUGUAGAGGAAACCCUAGGAGGGGCAAAGGAGGAGGAAGAUGGGGAAGCAAAGGAGGAAGCAAAGGAAGUAGCAAAGGAGGAGGUGAAGGAGGAGGUGAAGGAGGAGGAAAAAGAGGAGGCGAAGGCCACUGGUGGUGAGCCUCCUGUUGACUGGUUCGAGCCCCUUGAGGAGGAUGAUGAUGCCAAUAGCGUUGGUAGGAAUGAUGGAGAAGAAGAAAGCUUGGCAGGAGAAAGUGAAAGGAGUGAGAGCGUGGCAGGCAGCGAGAAGGCCUUCAAAAAGAUCUAUCAGCUUAAUAUUCCCCGCCGUAAGCGAUCACAUCCUGACGAGGGAUGGGAAGAGUGGCCAACACUUGGAGAGGGUUGGAAACGCAAAGAAGUUGUUCGGCGCUCAGGGAGCAGUAUUGGCCAGAAGGAUGUAUAUUACCUAAGUCCACAAGGUGAUCGAGUGAGAAGCAGAGUAGAGCUGGCCUCUGUGCUGGAGGGACUUCUUGACUUGACAACCUUUGAAUACAAGUCAGGAAAGUUCUACGAUGGCGAAGCACCACCCAUAAGAAUUCGAAACAGAGCAAAGAGAAAGAUCCGGGAGCGUUCUUCCUCAGAGUCCAGCUUUGUAGAAAGAGGAGAGGGUGCCGACACGCCAGACUCUCACCACAGGCUCACCCCCAGCCUGGGGCCGAAAAACGUCAACCCCAACCAGACAGGCUUCUCCUCGCACAGUACAGUGGGAACACCAAACCAAGUCACUCAUGAUGAGGAUCCGCCAGUGGAAGAUAAAAUUAAACUUCCCCCUCCCUCAUCAUCCAAACCGCUCCCGCUCCCCUCCAUUAAUGGAGAAAUUGGGUCAGAGGACAGCACUCUAGUCUGUGCCAGAUGUGGUAUUUCCUUCACAGGCACAUGGUAUGACAAACAAAGGAAGAGGCCCUGUUGUCCUUCCUGUUGGGCAGCCUCAAAGACAAAAGAGCAUCCGAUGAUUCGUUUCAGAAAGUGGAUACCUUGUGGGCAGUGUGUGGGAUGCCACAACACAAUGAAUUGUGGCCAGUGUGCCAACUGCAAGCAUGGCCUGCAGAGCCCCGAGUCCCGGAAACGCAUAUGCCGCAAGCGCAGAUGUGUAUGUCCUAUUCGCAAGGGCCCUGGAAGUGGAGGCUUCCUGCCACAGAGGCCUUACACUGACAUUCCUGAAACCUAUGAUGACUCAUGCAUGAGUUUUCAGAGUGAAGUUGCAGACUCACAGCUCCCGAGUCUCAAAAACAGCGACACAGAGAACUUCUCAGUCAAUGUGGACGUUGAUGAUGAGGAUGAUAUGUCAACUGAUGAUGACGAUGAUUGGCAUAAAAAGCGGAAGCGUCGCUCCUGCGGAGAAUGUAAAGCCUGUCUCUGCAGGAAAGACUGUGGAACGUGUGAUUUCUGUAUAGACAAACCCAAGUUCGGAGGCAGCAACAAAAAGAGGCAGAAGUGUCGUCUGCGGCAGUGUCAGAGACAGGCAAUGAGACACUUACUACCCUCUCAGAUGGGACAAGGAGAAUAUGGGCCAGAUGGCCCAGUGCUGCCGGGCAGGCCUCGACCUCACUACACAUACAGUCGCAAAUCAGGUUUAAAGAAAAACAAAGCACCGCAUGUUGGCUUGGACUUUACCGACAAUGAAGAUGAUGACUGUAACUUACAAGCAAUGAGUUGGAGCUCAGAGCCAGCCAGUGGUAGCAAACACAAUGAAGUGAAUGUGAGAACCCACCAAUCAUCUAUGCAGUUGAAUUAUUCAAAUUUCGGACAGAGGAAUGGACUGCCUGACAGAGUCCCUCACAUCGGCAACCAUAACAACUGUCAGCUAGAGCAGCUAAGCAGAUGGGAUGCAGAGAGAUUGCACGCAAGCAGAGAUGGUCAAAAGCAUGUUGAAGAAGAAGAGGAAGAAGAAGAAGAAGAGGAAGAGGAGGAAGAGGAAGAGGAGUUGCCCAUGAUCACACAGAUCUUCAGUUUGGCUGAUAACCCAGCAGGAAGUGGUGCCGAUGUAGAAAACCAGCUAAUGAAAUUACUACAUUCUUUGCGCUCCUCUGUAUUGCCAAUCCUAUGGUAUGCCAUAAUGGUGGAGGGCCCGCAGCUGCAGCUCAUCCAGUGUUCGAAGCAGUCCAGCAUGACCGACACCAUGGUGCUGAUCGACCCAGGCUUCUGCUAUCAGGUCACCGUCCAAAAGCAGCCGCUGCUCCCCACCCACUCACUUUACGACAACUACCCACAACAUUUAACCUCGGUAACUGAGGUGGUCAAUCUGCUUUUGGGCCUGGAGAAAUACGUCGUGUGCCAGGGUCUGCCCCCCAAAGAGCCAUUACUUAACAGAGACCCAAUCAUACUGGAGCGGGCGUCAACAUGUGACUUCUUGGUUAAGAAGAAUGUGAGCAUCUGUAUUAACUGCAGAGCGCUGCAAGGACUUUAACUCCAGCACAGACAGACGGAAAUCUCUGACCACGUUGGAAACCAUAGAUUCUCUGGUGCAACUUCGUGCCAUUUUAUUUCUUUUGGUUCCGUUAUAGGUUUUUUUCCGUCAGUUUUUGUUUUAGGAAGUAAUAUAUAUGACAUUCUGCAGCUUUACCUCUGGACUCUAAUAGUAAGAUUUGAUGAAUCGAAGAAUCACCAAAGGCAUUCCAGGAGCUGUGACAUUACAAACCAGGAGUGGUUCUACCGUUGUUGGUUGGUUAUGUCAGAGCUUGGGCUGAGUGAUGGUAUGUAGAGCUGAAAACCCUGUGUGAGCCAGGAAUAUACAGUAUAUUCCUCACCCCCCUCCCAUGAUAAUUAAUUGAGUGGUAGUUAAACCCCAAAUUUUUUCUUUCAGCUCAAAAAUAGACCAGAAAUUCGAAGUAAUUAACCCACCUUAUCUUUUCACCAGCAACACUGGCCAUCACAAUGUUGUCUUGCUACCCAUGUACUGUGAACCAUAUUUAAUUAAAUCAAAAAGCAGACUCAAGUUUUUUUUGGACAAAAUAAGUUAUUUUUGCAUCUUGCCCGCAUUUUCCAUUUUAUAGUAAAUUAUAUGAUCAAUACAUGACUUGCACUUGCUUUAUCAGUAUUCGCUUUACUUUAAACAUUUUGGUGAUUUUCUUUUCUGGGCACUCCUGGUACUACCUUAAUGUUUAAACCUAAAUUAUUGAUUCUAUAAGUAUAUUCAGACAAAAUGGAGAUGCUGAAAUAUGCCUUGUAUACUAUACUCUGAUUUAAUUGGACAGAUUACAGUGUGUAUAUAAACACAUCCACCCCCUCCUGUGAACCACCUGUGAAGUUUUUCAUCAUUUGGUUCCAAAGGUCACACAAUAUGAUUUAACAUAUCUACAACAAAGAUACUGAAAAGUACCAAUUGAGAAGGCUACAAGAGCGUUUUCAGUGCACUCAAUAUCCCGUGAGGCAUAAAGGUCAGCCAUGAUAACCCACAUGGCUCCAUGGCUGAGACUGUGUUCAGACAACAACUGUUGCUUCAACAGUUGCAGUUAAGAGGCAAAGAGAAAGCCACUGUUAAAAAACACUCAGGACAUCUGAGGUGGUGGUCGCCAGAAGACAUCUAGAAGACUGAACCUAAGUCAAUGACGGUUCUGUGGUCUGAUGGGCUCCUGAAGCCCAGACAUCACUUCUUUCAAACUUUUACUGCUCCCCACAUAACCUGACAUAACCUUCUUUGCAAAGAAUAAUAAGUACCUCCACAUAGUGCUGACUUAAUAGGGGUUAAUACUUAAGCUUUUUUGUAGUUUGUGUUAUAUACAGUAUUUGUAAUCAUGUAGAUUGAAUUGAUAUCAGAGUAUUUUUCAGAUUUAACUUGUCAAAAGCCUAAUUGUGUCCAAUCUCACCCUAUGUUUUGAAAAUAAACAAAAAUAUAUAUAUAUAUAUUUUUUUUUUAAGGCACUGCAUUUACAAGAAACAUUUAAAAAUUAAUAAAUCUGUCUUAGACUAAUUGUAAGCAGAAACUUGAGAAAAAGGUCACAGUCGUCAUAAUAUUUUGGUGGUGGAAGCUGCUUUUGCACUUAGCAAGACAUAUACUGGUUUUGACCGGCAGUUACAACAUCUGAAAUUUGCUUAAAUAUAGUUUCCAAAAUUAUAUCAUUUGUUGUGGACCAAAGUCAUUGCGUGUCUCUCCAUUUCUGGUCUUGAGUAGUAUGAUGGUAGCUCAUAUUGAAUUUCAAGUUUUUUGCUGAAUUUUGUUGAAAUUGUGUAGUAAUUCAAUUCCCCAUCGACUAUUAAUAAUGUGAAAGGUUAUGCAUUCUUAACAUAUAUCAGAUUUAUUUUUGUUAUCUUGGUUUCCUCAAGUAACUGCAGAUUUUUAAAUGUCUGGGAUAUGUUGAUAAUUCUUUUUAAAACUAUUGUUAUUUAGUCUUUGAAUUAAAACAAGUUUAAAUAAAUGAAACAGAUAGUUUAUUUCCUUGUCUUUGUCUUUUUGAAGGCAGGGUGCAAAUAAACUGUUGUAAACUGUUGCAAAUAAACUGGGUGCAAAUAAA